GAUUAUUUAUUUGUUUCCUCUCUUUCCUCUGUCUGAGCUGACAGGCAGCGACAACGUGCUCCAUCUCUCGGUGUCGGUGGGAAGUUGUUGCCCCUCGGUUUCAUCUGAGCUCCUUAUUCUCUCCCGUUUCUCAGACUUGUCCCGCCUCUUUUGCCGAGUCUCACCAGCAGCAGCUGCCCUCAUGUUAAAGUUCGCCGUCCCCGGAAACAUGAACACGUUGGCGACCAGGUUCGACCUCAAGUGGAUGAGUUUCACCUUGAGGCAACCUCGGCUACCAGCUGCGACAGCUCCCAGGGUGCAGUUCUCCAGCCUCCCUCCAGAACCUGUGAUCCCCUCGAAGAAGCCUUUCAAAGUGGAGCUCGUUGGUGGAAAGCGUUACUCAUGGUGCACCUGUGGCCACAGUAGGAAACAGCCUUUCUGUGACGGAGCCCACAAGUUGAAAGCCCCAGGCCUGUCACCGCUACGUUUUGUCCCAGAGAAGGACUCUUCAGUUUGGUUGUGUGGAUGCAAAUACACGAACAACCCACCUCACUGCGAUGGCACGCACAAGCAGGACUUCAUUGUGUCUGCCACACUACAUGAGCAAACUGACUCGUAAAACAAGCAGUAUCAUUGCAAUUAUUGCUGUGCCGUCAAGUGUGUGGUGGAGGGAGCGCUGUGUAUAGUACUGCGUGUGUGUGUAAAUGGGUGAAUGUGACUUGUAGUCUAAAGUGCUUUGAGUGGGUCAAUACGACUAGAAAAGCUCUAUACAUAUAUAUAUAUACAUUUACCAUUUUUUGGGGGGGGGGAUCAGUGCAAUAAAUGAAGCAACACACAUGACAUGAUCAACCAUGCCAUGUCUGAAUAUUGUCAGUGGGAUGUAUUCUGGAAAUAUUUUUUUAAAGACCUAGGGAAUGGUGUUAUUGGAGAAACUGUAAAUGUAGACGUUUAACACUAACGUGUGAAUGAAGCGAUGUAUAAAUUAAUCCCAUAGACAGUGAGAAAUCCAUGGCUCCUACACUCUUCUCAGAUAAAGCUUUAACAUCUGAUUCAUGGAAUGCCAUAGGUUUCUCUUUUAACCUUUGGGAUAUGUUAUUUAUGCUUGUCUUUUUUUUACAUUAAAUGUACAGUAAAUACACUGAACUGUUAGGUAGACCUACUAGUAAAUAAUUGACUAUCAGAUCCACAAAUAAAGGCUUCUCUUUGUAA